GUUUAUAAAAAAAAACAGUUAUGAGAACGUAGCUCAAUUGAUCAGUGCGAGCAAGACUUGCAAAAGCAUUUGGUGGAAUUUGUAAUUGGAUAUCUAGUGGUUCAUAUGAAACAAAAAUUCUUGGAAAUGACCAUCGUGUAGAUGAGUUUUUUUUAUUUCAAGUUUUCAUGAAACACUUUGGCAAAAGCUUGAUGGUAAUAAGCUUAUCGUGAGUAAGAGAUGACGACAUGAAGUAUUGAUAUGUUAAAUUUAUUCAACUCUAACAGCCAGUAACAUAAUAUGUACGUGACAUCAACGAUUAUGUCCUUCUUUAACUUCUUGUUAUUUAAUACGUAGUAUUUAUGUUGUAUAAAUGGUUUUGUCGACAGUGAAAUUCAUCUCUUCACAUGAACAACAAACUGAAAACUCGAACUUGAAGUCUAAAGAUGUGACAAUAGUGUAUUUGAAAGCGACAAUCGUGAUAUUAAUAGUUGUACUUUCCACCGUCUCAGGAGUUUUAUUGUGGAAGGUAGUUAAAGAUUGUAGCAGCUCUGAGCAAAAGAAACUUUCAAACAACAAUAAAGAAGAAAAACUUCUCCCGAACGAUGGAAAUUCUCAAUUUACACAAAUAUACAAGAAAAGCCAAAGUAUAUCAUGUCCUCUGUAUGCAGAUAAAACUUCUUUACCUUACACUUUACAACAAAGUUUGCGCGAAACUUUUCGAAAUGUGGAAAAAACCCUCAAACAGGCCGUCGACGGCAAGUCAUUAGUCUCUGUGUCGCUUAGUGCAGUUUAUAGAGAUGACAAAGUUUGGAACAUUGGUUUAGGAACUUUAGAUAAAUCGACAUAUCCAUUAAAGAUUCCAGAUGAACAUAGUUUAUACAGUACAGGAAGUGUUGUCAAAAUUUUAACAGUUGUCUUGACAUUCAAGUUGUUGAAAGAAAACAAAAUAACUAAUUUAAAUGAUCCAUUGAGAAAGUACGAGCCAAAUUUUAUUAUUAAAAAUCCGUUCAAUAAAGAAGACAUAACAAUAAGACAAAUCCUCGCUCACACAUCAGGUCUUCCUAGAGAAGUAUCGUGUGGCCCUUCCUUUUCUUCUUCCAAUACAAAAAAGAUUUGUCCUGUUAACACAACAUUUGUUCUAAACAAAUUGAAAAAUCUUCAAGUGAAAUUUCCUCCGGGUUCUGCUGUAUCUUACAGCAAUCUAGGUUAUGCGCUUUUAGCAAAUGUUUUGUUUGAAAUAUUUGGACGAAAAUAUUCAAGUUGGCAACAAUGGAUGUUACAUGAAGUAGUCUAUCCUCUUGGCAUGACAAGAACAAUCUUGAAUGUUAAUGAAAGACAGUUUUAUAACACUGCUACUGGAUAUAAAUCUAAUGGAUUACCUUCUCAUCAUUUAAACUGGGGUUGGGCUUCACCAUCUUUUCAAAUGAAAACCUCCACUUCUGAUCUCUCGAAAUUAAUGUUGGCAAUUUUGAAUCCUGGAAAGUCAUUUAUUGAUGAAAAAAUGACAAAAGAAAUGUUUAAACCAGAAUUCAUAUUUCCUGAUCUUUAUACAAUUUUUGCAACUGGAUGGCAAAUUCGUUACCAUAACUUUGUUCGCGUCGUUAGAAAAUCAGGAGCAGUCCCAGGCUUUUCAUCAUCAAUUAUAUUAAUGCCAGAAGUACGAUUUGGGUUUGUUUUGCUUGCUUCAGGCGAAGAAAUUGCUACAAAACUCGCUAACAAAGUAACGAUGAUAAUUUCCAAGAAAUUGUCAAAGUAUUUGUUGUACAAAUACCCGAAGAUAACAACUCCUACUGAUUUGAAUAAGUACACUGGUCAUUACGUAGUUAAUAAUAAUUGGAGUGAUAAAGUGAAAGCGACGAUUGAAAAAGAUUUAUAUUCUGGUCGUUUGAUAUUGAAACAAGAUCAUGGGUAUCCAAGUUAUGUUUAUCUUAACGCCAUGGAUUCUAAACAUUUUCGGAUUAUCUAUCCUUAUGGUCUACCAUGUUCUGCAUAUUCUCUAGGACAAGAUAAAGAAAUUGUUAUGUUUCAACAGCUCGAUAGUAAAAAGCGUUAUAAAAAAUUUAAACUUGGUUCUUUUAUAUUUCGUAGAAGUUUGUGAUGUUAGUGACGUACAAAAUGUUGACGUGUGCCGUACAGAUUUUCACAUUAUGAAGAUCUAACCAAUCAAAAAAUCAAAAAACCAUUUUCUAUCAAUGGUUGCAUAUUCCUCAGGUAUUAUGAAAUACUUCAUUUAAGUGGAUAUCAUAUAAUAUUAUUUAUUAGAACUUAGAUUAUUGAAAAACUAGCUGGAAGGAAGAGAAUAACAUUGACUACUUUGUAAAGAUACAAUUAUUUUAUUUGAUGAUAGAAAAAUCUUUAAUUUUGCUGUAUUGAAACUGUUUGAUAAAUUUACAUUUAAUUUUCACGGAGCACUCGAUGAUGGUGUGGAAAGCACACAUUCAAUUUUACUCUGUUCUAACAGUUCCUAUCAUCUUUAACCAAUUAUCUAUCUAAAAAUUAUUUCCGUUAUUUGAAGUAACCAAAUUAAAUCGUGUCAACAAAAAUUGGUUAUUUGUUAUAAUCAACUGGUGUCAAGUUUAUUAUUUGUUAUAAUUAAGUUACAUCAACUGACGAAAUUUUGUAAUAUAAUAAAAUAACUAAUGCGAAAAAUCUUUGUCAGUAAGUUAAAUAAUAAAAACACAUUCGGCGCUUCAUACAUUACUUAAAAAGAAAUUACUUUAUGGCUAGGAGUAUAUUUCUAAAUUUCAAGAUCAGUUUUAUGGAGUACUUGGUAUAUUAUUAAAUAUGUUAACAAAUCAAA